AUGGGUCUUUCUAUUGAGCAAAAGUAUAAUAUCUGCCUUAUGGCAGAGAAACAUCCCAAAUGGACACAAGCAGAGUUGGCACAAUGGGCUUAUCAAGUUUACCAGCUUCCAUCAAAGCCAUCACAAGGAACGAUAUCCCGACUUUUGGCUAAGAAGAGCGAAUUUAUGAAUAGUAAAGAGCACGAGAAGGAUUCCAAUCGACUUCGACGCCCGAACAAUCUUUUAGUUCAUAAGAUUUUGCAGGAAUGGGUAUCACAGUCAAUAUGGAAUGGGAUUCCAGUUUCCUUACCUGUAAUUCAAGACACAGCCCAAUCUGUGUGGCACAAAAUCCCACCUGAGUAUAGGGAGGGAAAGGGUUCUUUCAGUCAUAAAUGGGUCGCCAACUUUCUUUCUCGGAUGAAUCUUUCGACGCAUAUUAUCGAACAUGAUAUGCCAAAACAUCCUAAAGUAUGGUAUUUCGAUGAGCGGUCAUCGUUAAAGCAAUUCAUUUCUAAUAUAUCCGAAGACUCACUUUUUACCCUGGACGAGACUUUUCUUGCCUAUAACCUUCCCUUAGACUAUGCACAAUACGAAACUAACAGCAUUCAGAAGAGACUCGAGGUUGUUACUGUUAUGCUAUGUUCUAACUUAAAGGGAACUGAAAAAAUGAACCCUUUAGUGAUCGGGAGAUACGAAAACUAUAACAGCUUCAAGAAUUUUAUGAAAGAUGAUGGCCAUUCAGUUGGUCAAGAUAGCCAUUUGGGGGAAAAAACCGGAAAGAGAUUUGGGAUCGUAUACCAAAGUAAUAGAAAAUCAUGGCUCACUAGUACUAUAUUUCACGAUUGGCUAGUCGCUUUUGAUAAAAGGUUGGUGUCCGACAAUAGAAAAAUUUGGAUUAUAUUAGACGAUUCGUGCUCUCAUAGAAUCAUAAAUUUAAAUUUACAAAACAUUGAGUUAAUUUACACUUCUGCAAACUCGAGGUUUUUACCUUUUAAUUGGGGUGUUUUAGAAGAGUUCAAGGCUAGGUAUAGAAUUCAGCAAUAUAAAGCCCUAAUUGACUUACAAAAAAAUAUAUCUCAAGACUCCGGAGAUUCAAGACUGCUUACCUAUGAGCAGAGCUGCUUGACGAUGACAAAUGCGUUCAAGUUUAUUAAAAUAGCAUGGGAUGCUAUACCCAAAGAGAGAAUUAAUGCAACUUGGAAAAACUCUGGUAUUCUCCCAUAUAAACUUCUACAUCAUGAGGAAAUGGGACCAAAUACUUUCCAAAAGAACAAAGCUUUAGAAACCUCUUUGAACGAACUUUGUAACACUUACAGCUGUAUGAGAAAAUGGGAUUAUUCAAUGCUUUUGCAUUUAAACAUCGAGAAUAAGAAUAAGAACUUUUUGAGUUUGGAGGAAAUAAUUGAAAGUUCGAUAGUUGAUCAAUGGGAGCCAGAAGUAAGACAAGACACUCUAUUGCUCGAAGAUAUGGAUGACCUUUUCAAUACCUUCAAUACAGCCCCGCCUACCAAAAGAAUAACACCAAUGGAAAAUCAAAUCCUGAAUGAUCAAUCGAAGCUUCUAUCGGACCAAAUCCCUGUUACAGAUUCAUAUGGUAUGAUCACAACAUCAAACGAUAACCAAGAUAACAAAAUAUCAACAGUCAGUGAAUUAAUAGAUAAUAAUACGGAAGAUAUCUUUGGGAAUAUGCUGGAUGAGAAUUUCUUCUCAGAUGAACUUCUGACCACCAUCGGUGAUCCAUUUGCAAAUAAGCUAAAUGGAAAUAACGAACAAUCACAACCGGUUCAACCUCCUCAACGCCCACAAUCUAGUUUAUCUGCAGUUAGAGUGGCUGAAAUACCAAGUAAUACAUCGCCUUAUUCCGAUGAGGGAAGAUCUGCUGUGUACGGUGGUGGUGCGGAGGUACCAAAAUCCCAUUCCUCUCAUUCCUCUCCUUAUGUUGAAGGAUCAGGUGGGCAACAGACCGAGACAAUGAUAUUACCUUCCUACGUAAACCAAAUAUUUUCCAAAGGGUCUUCUGUUGAAAUUGAAAACGAUAAACUUGUGAUGAUGACAACAUUACAAACUAAUGUGGAACUUGCUAAGGCAAUGGGUACAAUUUUAAAGCAUUCUGAACUCCAAGAGGUUGGUCUUUCAGAAGCUUCACUAAAAGAAAUGAAAAUGGGGUACCAGAAUUGUCUAAAGCGAAUUACCAAAGCAAGACAUUUUCUCAAUUCCAUGGAUAAAAAAAGACGGCAACAAAAUAUUGAACAUCAAUUUUUGACCUCGCAUUCCGGAAGUCCUCAGGAUUCAAUCUCUUCGAUGCAUAUUGCAGAUUCUUUUUUCGAGAACUUUGCAGAGAAUCAUAGCACAGCAAGCUCUUCAUAG